CCGGUCGCGAUAACAGACUGAGCAGCGGCUCGUGACUCCCAGCUUCAACCCCGAGCAGUGGGACUAAUUCAACAUCGUCAAGGAAGGAGGAUCUAUCAUCUUUAUUUCUAAAACUGCUAUGGAUAAGAAAGAGUGCUGGAAGGUGAAGUUCUGGAAUGUGGCUCAAACAUAUUUCCCUCAAACCAGAGUCGAAUGUUGCUAUACACUGAGCUGUGAACAUACCUGGAGCUGUCGUGACUGGAUCGGUCUCUUUAAGACUGGCUGGACUUCAGUGAGAGAUUAUCACACUUAUGUUUGGGCUCUUGUUCCUGAAGAUUACACACCAGGCAAAGACGUAAAUGGCAGCAUCUCCUUCCACUCCUCUUACCUACCGAGCCCUGGGCCAAGCACAUACCAGUUUGUGUAUGUGGAUGAGCUGGGUAAAAUUUGUUCAAUGAGUCCUCAGUUCACCUUCAGUGCUCCAAAACCUCUGGAUGAACUAGUGACUUUAGAGGAGGAGAAAAAUGGAGAAGAAGAAUAUGAAGGAAGUGACUUACUGCUUGUUGUGCCAAGAGCUCAGAUACUGCAGAGCCAUCUGGAAGUGUGUCAGAAAGAACUUAUGUUGUUACAGAAUAAAUUCAGAGCAUCCAGCAUGGAACUGGAAAAAUACAAAGAGAAAAAUGAGACAGAGAGGAAGGACUUUGAAGCAGAACGAGUCAAUAUGAGGAAUGAGAUAAAAGACUUAGGAGAGCGACUGAGAUGCAGCAUGGAGACGAUUGAAAGAAUGGAGGAGAAACAAAAGAAUGUAUUAAAGUCUCAUGAAAACAUUUUAGAGGAGGUUAGCAGCUUGUUAACAGAAAGAGCUGAAAAUCACCAACAAAUCAAAGGUCUGGAGGAGGAUGUGAGCAGCUUAAUGCAACAGAAACAAGACACUGAGGCUGAGUUGGAGAGAUCUGUGUGCAGGUGGCAAGAGAGAGUAAAAAAGUUGAAGACACAAAGGAAGGAUGAGGAAGACGAGAGGAGGAAUUUACAGAUGGAGGGUAAACACUGUCGUGACGAACUUCGGGUUCUUCAGGAGCAUCUGGAGAACAGUGAGCGCAAUUCGGAGACAUUACGGCGGGACCUAAGUGAACUUGGAGCCCUGCAGAGCCAGAACCAGGCAGAGCUUCACCAGAUCCGAUUGCAGGCUGCUCAAACCAUGCUGCAGCUUUCACAGGUCAACUUCAAUUUCCGAGAAGGACAGGCAGCAUGGGCAAAAGAACGAGAGAACCUGAGGAAAAAUGCUGACCUUGAUAAGGAACGAGUCCAAAAAUUAAGUCAUGAGCUCCAAAAGAAGGAAGAAUGGCUCCAGGAAGAACGUACAGAGCGAGAGAAGCUGGAGCUGGAGCUUGGAAAUGAGAAAGCAUGCAACCGAGAGCUUCGUGCGAGUCUCAGAGCCCUGCAGAAGGAACGAGAACAGCAGCACCUGGAGAAACAGGAGCUCCUGGAUCAUAUCCGUGUUUUUCGGCUGCACAUGGAGAGCGAACAGGAUACUGCCUGGAAUAAAUCUGAUUCUAGCAGCAAGAUUGUGGUAAACAGUAACAGCGCCUUGUCAGCUCUGCAGACCUCUGACUGUAACGAAGUUGAAACAAUAAGUCUUCUUCAGAUGGAGGCGUCUGAGGAGGACAAUACACCAGAGCAGGGAACAGACGAAAGAGACACGAGUUUUGGAAAGGAUUUGGAGAGUGAAUCACAGACUCGAGCUGAGAUCAGAGAAAAUGUAAUGAGUGAAUUUGCAGAUGCCCCCUUGUGGUGAAUUGUGACAAUAAAACCAGAGAACCUGAGGCUGCUACUUAAUAUCUGCAACAACACAUCAUGUGUUUAUUAGAGAAGUAGAGGAAUGUGCUAUUUUUUUAUGUGUGUGUUAUUUAUUUUCGGAAUGUGUGUGUUUUGUCACAAAAGAGAGCUUUUUACUUGUUAAAAAUGAAAGGUUCCUACAUUUAUUCUGACAUUAUAAAUCUAGGCAAACCCAGAUUUCACUGCACAUUAAAAUGUAAUCAGUAAUGAGACUACUGUAGUGCAGAAUAAUCUUCUAACUAGCUCAUUAGCAUAGAGUCAGCAUAUAAUUAGUGGGGGUGUAACGAUCAGGUGAUUUUGAUUGAUUUAGAAGUCAAUGGAUUAAAUGACUUAUGCCAACAAUUAAAAACUGAACAAAGAUGGUCACAUUUUGAUUGGAGGAUAAUAUUCAGAGGAAUCAUCAGAUAUUGCAUGUUUGCUGUAUGAACUAGAAUCAUAUGGUUAUCAUGCAGAAGCCUUAGGUUUAUACUACUAAUACUUACUGCCUUUUUUUUGCGUGUGCCAAUAAAAUGGUUUAUUUAUCUAUUUAAGGGUUAUGGUGUCAUUUCUACAGUAAUGAUGGUGUGAUUUUUUUAUUCAUCAGAUUUUCUGUCUGUUUUUCUUUUUCAUUUCUCCAUAUCUUUGCUUAAGUUUUUUUCCUUCCUUUUUUGUGUUGCUCAUAUCUAUCAUACUGUACCUAUCUAUAUACAGUACAUAGCCAAAAGUAUGUGCACCCCUGACCAUGACAUUCAUCUGACAAACUGAUACAAUUAUGAAUGUAUGCAUGUAAUUUUUUUAAUUGAGACAAUGACCAUUGUUAAAAGCACUAUAUAAAUAAAAUUGAAUUGAAUUGAA